ACCCGACUUGUAUAAUGCUUAAUCCGAUAGCAUUGCCAUUGCCGAAAGCUGCAGCCUCACAAGCAAAUUGAACAGAGUUUCAUUCUCUCACUCUUCACUCGUGAAACAUUGGCACGUUCAGAGCCCCACGACACUAUAAAAAUGUCAAUGUUAUCCGUCCACCUCUCUCGCCUCACCCGCCACCACUUCCCUUUCCCUUCCCCUUCUUCCCUUAUCUCUCCUUCCUCUCGCCGUCAUCACCAUGUCUUCGCCCCCUUUCCCCGCAAUAUUCGUCUCUCCACGCUCAAAAAAUCCUCCCUCCGGUGCUUUUGCUCAUUCUCCGCAACCGGUUCGAAUUGGAAUGGCCAUGUGGGGGCUGGCGAAGAGAAGUAUGAUGUUAUUGUGGUUGGAGGAGGACACGCAGGUUGUGAAGCUGCUCUUGCGUCCGCUCGGUUGGGGGCCAAAACUCUGCUUCUCACCCUGAACAUUGAUCGGAUUGCGUGGCAGCCUUGUAAUCCAGCGGUUGGUGGACUUGCAAAAUCACAACUUGUGCAUGAAGUGGAUGCGCUUGGUGGUGAAAUUGGAAAGAUUGCUGAUAGGUGCUAUUUACAAAAGCGUGUUCUCAAUGCUUCAAGAGGUCCUGCUGUUCGGGCAUUGCGUGCACAAACUGACAAAAGGGAAUAUGCAAUGCAAAUGAAAAAUGUGGUGGAGAGCACUCCAAAUCUCUCAAUUAGAGAGGCAAUGGUGACAGAUAUUUUGCUUGGAAAGAAUGACAAUGUUGAAGGUGUUUGCACAUUUUUUGGAAUGAACUUCUAUGCCUCUGCUGUCAUCCUGACAACUGGAACUUUUAUGAGUGGUAAAAUAUGGGUUGGUAGAACUUCUAUGCCUGCUGGAAGAGCUGGUGAGUCUGCGUCUCAUGGGCUGACUGAAAACUUGCAGCAUCUUGGAUUUGAAAGUGAUCGAUUAAAAACUGGAACCCCGGCACGAGUGGACUGCCGUACUGUUGAUUUUUCUGGAUUGGAGCCUCAGCAUGGAGAUGAAGAGGUCACCUGGUUUAGUUUUGAUCCUGAUUUCCACAUUGAAAGGGAGCAAAUGUGUUGUUAUCUGACACGAACUACGAAGAUUACCCACCAGCUUAUUAAGGACAACUUGCAUGAAACGCCUACCUAUGGAGGAUGGGUUGAAGCUAAGGGGCCUAGAUACUGCCCUUCCAUUGAAGAUAAGAUUGUGAGAUUUCAAGAUAAAGAAUCUCAUCAGAUUUUUCUUGAGCCAGAGGGUCGGACUGUGCCUGAGCUCUAUGUCCAGGGUUUCUCAACUGGUUUACCAGAAAGACUACAGUUACCACUCUUGAGAACUUUGCCUGGACUUGAGAAUUGUUCAAUGUUGAGGCCUGCAUAUGCUGUUGAAUAUGAUUAUUUGCCAGCUCAUCAGUGCUCUAGGUCUCUUAUGACAAAGAAAGUUGAAGGUCUAUUCUUCUCUGGUCAGAUAAAUGGAACUACUGGCUAUGAAGAAGCUGCUGCACAGGGCAUCAUUUCUGGUAUUAAUGCUGCCAGACAUUCAGAUGGCAAGCCUCUUAUUGUUCUUGAGAGGGAAAGCAGUUACAUAGGAACACUGAUUGAUGAUCUGGUCACUAAGGAUCUUCGAGAGCCUUACCGCAUGUUAACAAGCCGUUCAGAACAUCGAUUACUUCUUCGAUCUGAUAAUGCUGAUAGUCGUCUCACACCUUUGGGGCGUGACAUUGGGUUGAUAGAUGAUAGGCGCUGGAAAAUAUACCAGGACAAACAAGCAAGAAUUUCAGAGGAAAAAAAGCGACUGAAAACUGUCAGGAUUUCAGGUGGAGACUUGGCUGCUGAUGUUUCUCUUCUUUCUGGUCAACCUGUGAAGGACUCUUCAACACUAGAGAGUCUUCUUAAGAAACCACACAUAGAAUAUAAAAUUCUUGAUAAGCAUGGAUUUGGGAACAAAAUGUUAUCAAGAUUGGAGAAAGAAUGUGUUGAAAUUGAUAUAAAGUAUGAGGGCUUCAUUAUUCGCCAACAAAUCCAACUCCAACAGAUGGUCCAUAAACAACAUAGACAGCUUCCAGAGGACUUGGAUUACUAUGCCAUGACAACUUUGUCUCAUGAAGCACGUGAAAAACUCUCCAAGGUCAGGCCACAAACUAUUGGUCAAGCAAGCAGAGUGGGUGGGGUAAGUCCUGCUGACAUAACAGCUCUUAUGAUCAUCCUUGAAACCAACCGAAGGAAAGGUCAAGAACAGAAAAGACACCAGAUGCUUGCUUCUGUCAUGGCAGAUACCGUUGAAAACAUGUCUGAUACAUUAACAGAGACAGUUAGCAAUUAGUGGCAGAAUUGAAGCCCCCUUUAACUAAUUUGAACUUAUGCAUGUCUCACUGUCGUUGCAAGUUAUGAGGAAAAAUUUAGGAGCAUGGAAAUGCGGAUGGGAUGUGGACUCUUUAACAAUUAUACCCUUGAAGACCAAGUGUUUUGAAGAUUUUUGGAGGCUAUAGUUCUGCAUUGGGACCAAGAAUUGGAGGUUAGUUUAUGUUUAGUCUACUCCUGAAAUUUUAAGUGUAUAUUAUCAAUAUUUUAUCUUGGCACUUAGGUAUUUUUUGUAUCAUUUAAUGCCGUCUGUAAGUAGCACGAAUAUUCAGUCUGUAACUACCACACUUACUCUUGAAUAAUUUGUUGAAGCACUUUGGAUUGAAUUUACAUUAGGGUUCUUGGGCUA